AUGGUGGCCGCCAACGCCGGGCAGGCGGACUGGGGCCACUGGGUCGCGUUCGCGCCCUGGGUGAGCCCGCUCAUCACGAGCCACCCGCCGGAGUGGCUCCGGGGAUCGGGCUCGCUCCACUCGCCGACGCUGUCGCGCCUGCGGCCGGGCCGGCCGCCGGCGAGCGCGCCGGGCAAGGCGCGGCCGCGGCGACCGGGCCCGCGCGUCGUCGUGGACCGCAAGGGCCGCGUCAAGGUCUACGACGAGUGCGACGGUCGCGCGUUCUUCCGCCCGCCCACUUCGCACGCAAGGAGGACCUUCUGGCAAAUCAAGCGCGCCGUCGACGACCGGACGCCGCGGACGCCCCCGGUGCGCCGCCGCCCGCCGCCGCCGCCGCCGCCGCCGCGGAGCCGGCCGAGCUCGCGGGCGAGCUCGCCGCGCCAGUCCUUCGCCGGCGACCGGCCGACGCCGCCGCCGAGCACGCCCGCGGGGACGCCGCGCGCGUCCGACGCGCGCGUCCGCGAGGCGCGGAUGCGGCGCGCGUCGGCCGUCGCGCUCGAGCAGAGCCGCGUGCUCGGCCGCAUCCGCCGCAAGACGGAGAUGACGGACCGCUGGGAGGGAGCGCGCGAGGCGCUCCGCGUCGGGAGAGCGCUCCUACCGGCGCUCGCGGCCGCGCGCUUCGCGGCGCGAAUCGGCGCAACCUUUGCCGCGGAGCGCGCGCGGCGCCGCGACAACGGCGCCGCGAGUCUGCUGGCCGCCUGGCUGCGGUUCCGCAUGCUGACGCGGCACGCGGCGCGCUACGGCGCCGUGCUGUCGAAGCUCCGCGCGAAGCGGUCCUUCGUGGAGGGCGCGCGGCGCUGGCGGCGCCGCCACGCCGUCGACCGGCUGCGCCACGUGUUAUUAUUAUUCCGGGACAACAACAACCGCCUCUCGAACAUGAUCGGCCGCUUCCGGCGCCGCGUGCGCCUCAUGCAGCGCCUCGUCCGCCGCUGGCUCGGCUGCCUCCAGGCGCGGUCCGACAUCCUCAUGGCGCUCUGGCUGCGGGCCGAGUGCGAGAUCGCCGCCGACGCCGCCUUCCACGCCGCCGACGCCCCGCCCGGCGUCGCGUUGGAGGACUCCGUGCCCGAGCGGUCGCGGCCGCGCGGUCUGGGCACGUACCUCAUGGCCGUGCUCGCGAGGCACCGCCGCGCGGGCGCCGCGGUCCGCGGGUCCAUCCUGCCCCGGGGCGAGGACGGCCUCGCGCCGUCGCAGUCCAUCCUGAACGUGCGGCGGCGGCUCCGGAAGAGCAAGGCGAAGCACGCGUUGGAGCAGCGGAAGACGCACAGCCGCGCGCACCGCGCGCACCAGCGCCGCGCGGGCGUCGAGAGCACGAUCUCGCACCACACGCACUUCUGGGCGACGCUGAACCGCGAGCGGCGCACCAUCGUCGCCGCGGAUUUGCUGGAAGCGUCCGCGGCGUCCGCCGUGCGCCACGCCGUCGAGGCGCUGCUGCUGGCGGGCCCGGCCUGCGGCGACGCGGCCAUGAAGGCCGAGGUCGCGGCGCUCAUGGGCGCGCGGCGGUCCGCGUUUUUUAGGCGCCUCGAGGCGUCGCGGCUCGCCGAGGGCACGGCGACGACGCAGAUCUUCGGCCGGAACGAGGCGCGGCGGUGGCUCGGCGGCGACGAGAUCGCCUACGCGAAGCGCGGCAGCGGCUACACGAUCCAGCUCCGCAGCUCCGAGGCCGCGCGCAGGGCAGGACAAGAGAGCGAAAUUCCCAACUUCAAAGCCUCAUAUCUCGGCCGUUUUCCACUCGCCGCGCGGGCGACGCACCGGCGCCGCGCGUCCGUCGCCGCGGCGCUGGGCGUCGCCGCGGUGCCCGCGGAGAAGAGGGAGCACGCGACGACGGCGCACGCCGCGUGCGCCGUCGCGCCCAAGUUCUUCUUCUAUCGCGAAUUCCUCGGCGCGGCGGCCAUGGCCGACGCCGUGCGCGCGCGCUGCGCGGCGACGCACGCGCGUCACGCGAACUACCCGCCGCCGCGCGCGCCGAAGCGCCUCUCGCGGACGAACAUCGACGAGGGCGGCGCCAUCGCGGAGAUCCUCGCGGCGCGCGGGUCCCCGGCCGCCGUCCUCGGCGAGGCGCCGCCGCCCGCCGCGCCGGCGGACCCGCUCGGCGCGGCCGCGGCCGCGCGGAGCCCGGGCCGCGCGCCGGGUGACCCGCUCGGCGCGGCCGCGCGCACCCCGACCCAGAGAUGCAGCUCGAGUCGCCGCGGCGGGGAACAGCCCCGCGCCGCUCCGAUCCCACGACCACAACUCUUCUGGACCGUCGUCGUCCUGAGCGCCCUCGUCGCGAUCGUCCUCAUUCUGAGGCCCGUGCUCCUCAGGGAGGCAAGAAAGCCCGACACGACCAAGUACUACACCAUGGGCCUGUCCGUCCUCGUGGACGUCGGCGUGCUCGACGCCGCCUCGGCUUCGCUGGCCGUCGACGUGUCCUCCGUGGCCAACCCGCGCGUGCUCGCGACGGGGAGCGGCUGCGCCGUGUCCUACGCGAUCAACGGCACGACGCUCGUCAUCGCCGGCGCCGCGAACGCGUCGCGGACGCCGUGGCUCUGCGGCGCGGGCGCCGAGAUCACCUACUUCGUCUCCCCGGCCAUGGCGCCGGCGACCUACGGCUCCAUCGUCGCGGACGCGGCGCCGCCGGCGAACCGCUGGCGGCGAGCCGGUGUGAUCAUCGGCGGCGUUUUAGCCGUCGAGGGCCUAUUCAUGGCGGGUUUGUUUGAGACAAAGGAGCGCGCCGCCGCGCGCCUCGUCGCGUCGGCCACCGCCGCGUGCGCGAGUCCCAUCUCGAGCCUGCGCGACGAGGUCGUCGUCGUCCGCUCAACGGAGGACCACAAGCCCGAACACUGGGCCAAACUCGGCCCGUCCACCGACGCCUGCGCGGAGCACGAGAUUGUGGUCGCGACGAAGCAGGCCGACAUGCAAAAACUCGACGCGGAGCUCAUGAAGGUGUCCUCGCCCGGUUCUGCCAACUACCGCAAGUACUGGACCCACGCCAUGGUCGGCGAGCUCCUGGACAACGCGGCGCACGUCGCGGCGGUGAAGAGCUGGCUGUCGGACGUCGGCGCGCGCGUCGUGCGCACCACGAAAAACGGCGAGUACAUCACGGCGGUGGCCCCUUUGGGCGUCUGGACGACGGCCCUGGGCUGCGACUUUGCGAUCUACACGGACGGCGCCAGCGAGACGCACCGCUGCGCGGGCGCGUACUCGCUGCCCGAGCGCGUCCACGACAGCAUCCACGCGGUCUUCCGCGCGUCCGAGCUGCCGGCGAAGACCUGGUCCGCGCCGCGCGUCGUCCAGGAGAUCGGCGACGUGCGCCUGCGCGAGGACCAGGGCGCCUCGGCGGACAGCUCGUCGAGCGAGUACUUCACGCCGAGCGUCCUGGCGAAUUUCUACGGCAUCCCGCUCGACGCGGACGCCGCGCGGAAGAACUACUCGUCGGCGGACGCCGCGCCCACGGGCAAGGCCGCGUCGUCCCAGGCCGUCUUCGAGACGGCGUCCCAGAACUACUCGCCCGACGACCUCGAGGAGUUCCGGUCCUACUUCGGACUCGCGAAGCCGGCGGCGACGCCGCUGUCCGACGUCGGCGCGCACGACCUGUCGUCGACCUGCGACAUCCCCGUGCUCGGGUCGAGCUUCUGCGCCGAGGCGAAUCUCGAUAUCCAGUACAUGACGGCGGCGAACCCCUACAGCCCGACGACGUACUUCUACGUCACGGAGGACUCGUCGUACGACCCGUUCCUCAAGUACGCGAUGGACAUCGCGGACAUGGAGCACCCCAUCCUCGUGUCGUCCAUCUCCUGGGGCUCCAUCGAGCCCGCGAACCCGCUCAAGGUCAUGGAGGCCUUCAACGCGGAGGUCGCGAAGAUCGGCCUCAUGGGCUCCACGGUGUUCGUGAGCUCCGGCGACGACGGCGCGAACUCCUACCUGGGCUGCGCCUACAUGCCGUCCUACCCGGCGACGUCGCCCUACGUGACGGCCGUCGGCGCGACCUUCGCGCACGACUGGGACGGCGAGCCGGGCUUCCCCAACGAGGUCGUCUGCCAGAGCGACAAGUUCGACGGCGUCAUUACCAGCGGCGGCGGCUUCAGCGGCGCCUUCGCGUCGCCGUCCUGGAACCAGGGCGCCGUCCAGGCCUACUUUGCGAAUUUGAACGCCGCGGAGAAGCCCUACGAGGGCUUCGCGGAGCAGGGCCGGGGCUACCCGGACCUGUCGCUGUCGGGCUGGGGCUACGAGGUCGUCAUCGGCGGCUUGCUCUACAUCGUCUGCGGCACGUCGUGCUCGUCGCCGUCCGUGGCCGGCAUGGUCGGCCGCAUCAACGCGGACCGCCUCGCCGAGGGCAAGCCGCCCGUCGGCUUCCUCAACCCGACGCUCUACCGGUCCCGGGGCGCGUUCGCCUACGACAUCGUCCAGGGCGACAACAAGUGCACGGACGCCGGCCUCUGCUGCGACGAGGGCUUCUACGCGUCCAAGUCCUGGGACCCCGUCACGGGCUGGGGCUCCGUGUCCUUCGAGGGCCUCGAGGCCGUCCUCGGCGAGUACGACGAGGACACGGUCGCCUCGGAGAACCACGCGGCCGCCGCGUCGUCGUCGUAG